AUGUCUACCCAAAAUAGGAUUAAAAUAUUGGCACCUGAGCCUAUAACGCUAUUGCAAAAUGAAGAAAAUGAUACACCACAUAUGCCUACACUCCCAGGAAUCCCCACAAGAAAACAUAGAGCAUGUAGUUCUGUCAAUGAUAACUUCAAUUUUAGCAAAGUUAGUGUUACAGAUUGUACCAUCCUUAAAGGUGAUAAUACUUCAAAAUUUGCAAUGUGGAAGAUUACUAUAAUUUUACAACCGAGUGAAACGCUAAUUGAAAGGACGAAUAAACCACAGGUUGCUUAUCCCAAGGUUCAAACAUAUAAGAGAUACUCUGAUUUUGUAACGUUUCGUAAUAUAAUUAUUAACAAGAUUGUGACAAAUGGUGAGACCUCCGAGAAUAUAUUAUUAUUAUCGAAAAUACCAAAACUGCCGCCGAAGAUUCCUUGGUAUGAAAUAUGGCAAUAUCAGAAGGCUAAUUACAAUAAGAAAUGGCUUAUAGAGAGAAGAAUAGGUCUAGAAAUUUUUUUGAAUGGAAUAGUAUUAAACCAAGAUGUUGUUCAAAUAUGUCGGUCUGAGAUAUUACGUUUUCUGGAAGAACCAUCUCCAGAAUAA